AGGAACUGUGUCUAAGUAUGAGCCGGAGACGACCACGGAUGUCCGUUCUGAAGUCUUGCUGAGUGAGACCAGAAGAAAAUUCACGUGAUUCAGAGCAUUUUUUUUUUCUCCCGGAAGGGACUAACAGAAUAGACAACAUAGUUGACCUUCGCAGCUAGUAUUCGUAUUCGGAUUACACUGGAGGCCUAACCAUCUAUGAGGAAAUAUUCAUUUUCAAUGUACAACCUUAUGGCCUAUAUGUUCGAAAUGUGUAUAGAAUUAAGGUAGCUAAGUUGUUGAUCAAUUCCUGGCUCUAUAUAGAUAUCUCGUUGCAUAUGACUUGCACGUAAAUCCCGUCUCUUCGCCUUGUUGGAGUUGGCUCUGGGCUAUGAGGCACACGAUAAGGUGUGGAUAAGAAUGCCUUGAUAGAGUAUAGUUAGUAUAUUUGGAUUCACGGGGAUAAGUAGUGGGAUUUGAUUUAUAAGUUUUGAUUCCAAAUUAAGCUACAUAUUGAUCACACUUCACCAGUUAUACGUCUUGGGAGCAGAAAUGUCUACGCAUAGUGAGGCUUGUUGUAGGAUCCCGCCCGUGGUGGAUGAGGGCUACGAGCCUAAGGGUCGAUACCUCGAUUUGGGGGGUCUCAAAACAUAUGUGACGGGGCCUGCCGACGCCGACAAGGCCAUUCUAGCUGUCUAUGACAUAUUUGGCUUCACGCCGCAGAUCCUCCAAGGAGCCGACAUAUUGGCCACUGGAGACGCAAAGCAGUCGUACCAGGUUUUCAUGCCCGACUUCUUUAAUGGAAACCCAGCUAAAAUGGAAUGGUACCCGCCUACCACAGACGAGCAGAAUGCUGCUUUGGGAGAGUGGUUCAAGGAUGCCUUGUGGUCUAUCCAUCAGCCCAAGAUUCCAGGGAUUCUACAAGCCGACCAAAUGUUUAAUCCAAAUGUCAAAUCCUGGGGCAUCAUAGGAUAUUGUUGGGGUGGCAAGAUGGCUAGCUUGGUCGCGGGCGAUGAAGCAGGCUUGUUCAAGGUUGCCAUGCAGACUUCACCGGCGCGGAUUGACGCGCACGAGGGGACUCGGGUUAAGGUCCCUACGAUGUUGCUUGCUUCUAACGGCGAAUCAACUGAGGAUGUGAAGGCCUAUGAAGACAGCCUCAACGUACCUAAGUAUGUUGAGAGAUUCGAUGAUCAGGUUCAUGGGUUCAUGAGCGCUCGGGCAGAUCUAAAAGAUGAGAAGGUCAAAGCAGGGUAUGAAAGAGGAUAUCAGCUCGCACUCAAGUUCUUUCAUGAGCACCUAUAGAGGUAACCGGCUAUAGAGAUCCAGGUCGCAUGAAAUCCUUCUAGAAUUGAG